UCAUUAAUCAGAAAUAUGGCGCUGCGCUCUUACUGUCGCCAGCUGGCUGCACAAGUAGCUCGUUUAAAGCAUUGUGGUAACGACUGUACGAGAAAUGUUUCCGGUUCUAGUUUAUCGUUUGCAAGGAUCAAAUCGCUGCAUGAGCCGGUUGGUGUGUUGGUGCGGUCGAGCCGCUGCCACAGAAGGUCAUGGCAUCUGUGUGACAGUGGGAAGUGUCAUUCUGACACGGCAGGAUUCAGCAGCUGGACUCUUGCGUGGGGUGCCAUGGCCUUUUCACUUUUUGGAAGCACUGAUGAGAGGACUGAGGAACAAAAACUUGAGGAUGAACUUAUUCUGCUCUUGAAAAAAGCCAAGUACAGCAUGAUGACCGGGGAACUGGAUGCUGCCAAUGGUUUCUUACACAAAGCUGUUCGACUGGCACAUCAGAUGCACAAUAAUGAUGCCAUUAUUUACACAUACAGCCUGAUGGCGAAUCUUGCCUUUGUCCAAGGUCAGCUGGAUAAUGCCGAGAAGCUCUUCAAAGCAGCCAUGAGUUUUAUGCUGUCAGGAGGAACACCACAGGAUGACAACGCAGUGAUUGAGAUGUCGCUAAAGCUGGCCAGCAUAUAUGCUACUCAAAACAAGAAUGAAUUGGCAGAGCAUGGCUUUCAGUUCUGUACAGAGUCUUUAGAGGCCAAGAUUGAGAAACAGAAGGAGCUUCCUCCAGAAACCCUGUCAGACGAGGAGCGCAAAGACACCAGGUUGCUGCUCGGUCUUAGCUUAGAUGCGAGGGCGCGUUAUUUGGCAUCGCAUCAUCGUUUCACGGGUGCCUGCAGAGAUUAUCGGCACGCGCUGCAGAUCUGCCAAGAGGAGCAGGGAGAAUCCCAUCCACAGACCCUGGUUUUGAUGAGUGACCUGGCAACAGUGUUGGACCUGCAAGGAAAGCAUGAUGAAGCUCUGGCUCAUGUGAAGAAGGCGGUUGAGCUUGGACAGGCAGCGGGUCACCCUGAUCAACAUGUCCUGCUUGGGAAUAUGGCAGGGAUUUUGAUGCACAAAGGGGAGUUUGAGGAGUCUGGUAAACUCUACCAGGAAGCUCUGGCUCUGGCACAUGCAGCAGGAGAUGGAGAGGCCGUAGAGCAGCUUCAGGAGGGGCUGAAAGAGCUAUCCAGCAGGAGAGAUGGGAAAACAGAGAGCAAACCUGAGGAACCAGAGCUUAAGGAAUGAUCUAAACAAUGCCUCUGCACACACACUCCUGGAAGUACAGUAUACUUCAAUAGAGCACAAUAUUAGGGCAGAUAUAUCCGUUUUGUGCAGCAAUAUCUUCCUUAGCAGGACCAUAAUUCUCCAGCCAUAAAUAAUUGUAACAUUCACUGGUUGCCAUUUUACAUUUUUCACCCAUAAUGCAACAGCACACAACAUUGUCCAAUGCUCUUUUUAUAUAUCACCUCCCAUUAGAGUUAUUUUGUAGUCUUGCUUUUAGACUGUAAUAAAGGACUCUGUAAAACACAAUCAGGGAAGAUAAAAAGAGACUGAUGACUGAGUGAGAAGUCAGAAAUUCUGUACAUCAGGGCAGCUCAUCAUUGGUUUUUUGAAAUAUUGUGCAAUGAAACGUAAUAAUCUUAUUUAAAGCCAACUUGUGUUAAUGUGUUUGAUGUGAGAAGUGGUUUGAUAAACCU